ACUCCAAAGCCCAUCACCACGCCAAGUAACCGCCCAACGCCACCCUCUCCACCAAACCAGCUCUCCCUCCCUCCCUCCCUCGGUCCCUCCCCUUCUCCUCUCCAACUCCUCCUCGACCUCGUCGUCGCGAGACGCCCGCGGCUCGCGCGCCCGAUCGAUUCGGCGCCCUCCUCGCGUCUUCCCGGCGUGAUGGACGACGACAAGGCGAGCAAGGGGAGGCCGCUCAAAUCCCCCCGCAAGGACCUGGACCCGCUGGCUGCGGCCACGCCCGAUCCCGGAUGCGGCGAGACGGCUCCGCCGGAGGUGAGCAAGCCUAAGGAGAAGGCGGCGGCGCCGACCAGCAACACCGAGGAAGGGUUAUGCCCCCACUUAGAACGUUUCGAGGAAGACAUGGCAAUGUUCGUAUCAAGGCUCAUGGCCUCCAAGUUCACCCCGAGUUGUCAGCGUCUCAUGUGCGAUAGCAAGGUGGACAAGAGCAGUAUCAUGGUGUGCAUCGACUGCAGCUUGCCUUUCUGCAUUGGGGACGGGACCAUGAACAAGCCGCAGGGACACGCCCAGGAACACGCCCAAUUCUACGCUCAUCUGGAGAAGCAUUGUGUUGCUGCGUUGUUCAGUAAACCGGAUACUCUGUACUGCUUCAUUUGUGAACGUUGUCUGAACUUGGAGAUGAGUGACAUGGAGGCAGAAAGUGACAGCAGCAGCGACCAAGUGGGAUGCGAACACUUUGUAUUGGAUGAGGAAGAAAUCACUCUGAUCGUGUCAGAGAUCUUCGCCUCCAAGAACGUUCCGGCGUGCCAACAUCCCGGGUGUACGAUCACUGGGAAUACCCAUAUCAUGGUUUGCACAGGAUGCAACAAGCAUUUCUGCACUAGAGCUGAGGCCAUGAAAAAACCGUAUGGACAUGCCCGUCUGCAUGCCCAGAAGUGUGAACACCAUUGGGUUGGUUUGUGGUACAGUAAUCCAUAUAUGGGGUACUGCUUCAAAUGUGAAUUCGAAUGGAUCCUAGGUGCACCGAAUGCUGAGAGGGGGAUGGUGUUUGGCAAGGAGGCAUUUGAUCAAGAAUCUGGAUUAGCAAAGAGGCAUGGCUGUGUUAUCAGAGGGAUUCCGAAUCUUGGGAACACUUGCUACGUGAAUGCGUUAUUGCAGUGCCUCUUUGUGCUUGAAAAACUGCGGGCAAGGAUGUUAGCAUCAGAUGCUCCUUCUGGGUUCGUGGGUAGCGCACUAAAAGAGCUCUUUCAGGAGGUAAACAGUGUGAAUAAUGCACAACGCCCACUGAACCCGACGAAGUUCUUGGAUCGUGUUCGUAUGUUGAAUGCACAAUUUGCAGGCAGUGAUAUGGAAGAUAGCUAUGAAUUGCUUUGCUUUGUACAGAAUCAAUUGGAAAAGGAGGAGAAGUCAAUGAUUCCUGCAGUGUCUACUACAGUUGUUGAUUCCAUUUUUCGUGUUCAGCUAUCUGCUACCAUAUCCUGCAGGCGUUGCUCAUAUAAUUCAGUUUCUCAUGAAGUAAUGUAUGAUCUAUCAGUUCCACUGCCAUCAAGGAACAUAAGUUGCAUGUCUCGAGAGAAGAUUGGUAUCAAACUAUUCCCAAAGGUUGACAUGAGUAACACCGAAAUUGUUCAUGCAAUUGCUGAAGGACGUGAUUCUCAUAUCACUGGUUUAGAUCUGGGAGAUGUGGACAAAGAAAAACCAUCUGAGCCUUUGGAAGUUGAUUCUGUUGAAGUGGAACAGCACUCGCAAAGCAAGGAUGGUGUACAUGUUCCUUCCCAAAUUCAGAAGGAUGAGGUCCCAGGGGAGAUUAUUCAGGCGCCAACUAAGGCUGAUGAUUUAGGGAAAAAUUACAAUGCUGGUCUUGAGUAUACGCCCAGUGAGCCAGAAGUUAGUAUAGAAGCCAAGAAAAACGUUUGCUCUGUAGAAGGUUCUGCAGAAGACAAGGGGAAAGCUCAGUUUAGCAAUAUGGCUUAUGGCAAGGCGAAGGAUAACAACUCUCUUGCAUCGAUUGAGGAGUGCCUAGAACUGCAUUUUGAAGCUGAGAUGGUGGAAUGGAAAUGUGAGAACUGUUCUGAAAUUGCUCGCCGUAGGAGCACCACUAGUGGUAAAGAUAGUGAACAGAUGAUGGCAAGCACCAGUGAGAAUAAAAUAGUUGAUGGAGAUCAAACUGAGCAGUCGGACAAGAUAGCAUGCCAAAGCGAGCAAUCUAGCAAUUUGGACAGUGGUGAACAAGACUUGGCCUCUGAUAACACAGCCAACAAAAAAAAUGAAUGCCAUGAAGGUGUUCAAGAAGUUGUACCUAGCUGCCUUGCAGCUGAGGAACUGGCCAACCAGUUGAGUGGCCAGGGUCAAAAUGCCAGCUCUCUAGAUCAAGUAAAGCUAGAUCAUAGUGCAGACCAAGUGGGUCCAAACCAAAAGGAGCGGGAGGAUAGGUAUCAAGGUGGGAUUCAAACUCGUUUUAUUAACAAGCUGCCACCUGUGUUUGCCAUUCAUCUGAAAAGAUCCCAGCUGACUGGUAAAGUUAGAGGACACGUGAGCUUUGAGGAGAUCCUUGAUGUAGGACAGUUCAUGGACCCCAGUUCUGAGGACAAAGACAAUUCCAGCUAUCACCUUGUAGGUGUCAUUGAACACAUUGGCCCCAGCACCAGAUCAGGGCACAUGGUUGCUUACGUGAGACCGAAUCAAGAGCAACCUCACGGUGGCCCUUCUCCAUGGUAUUGUGCAAGUGAUACAAACAUCAGACAAGUAUCUCUAGAAGAAGUUCUCAAGUGCGAGGCCUCCCUUUUCUUCUACGAGAGGAUUGGAGGCUAACGUCCAAGGAAGUAAAUUGGUUAGAUUAGCAAACAUUCUUUGGAUGGACAAAGAUCCAUUCAGUAGACGUCAUGAUCAAGUCCAAUUUUGUUGCUUUGGCUGAGUCAUUGUAGGACUGCAAAUAGAUCGCAUUCAUAAUCUCCUUUUUGUUCAUGAGGAACGUACUUCUUUUCCUGGAAUAAGAAUGAAGGAAUAGGACAUGUGCCAUUUGUAAAUGAGCAGGACUGUACUAAUGAUUGAUAAUGCUUUACAAUAGGUCUAAAAUACAGAACGAUAUUACUUGAUAUAUCUUGAGCUUUAGUCCCCCAA